CACGCUCCGAGUCGAAGCUGCUGCACGAAAAGAGCUGCUCGCAGCCGCAGCGCUGUGAAUGUGUUUGUGCGCGCGGAGAGUGAGACAGGAGCGGAGGGAGACACAGUCGGAAUUUGGAGGAAAAAAAACUGGAAACACGGUGGCGAGCGCGCACGGAACGGAACGGCACGCACAGAGCGGGAUACGCCAGCGUUCCCCACCCACCCACUCCACUGCGAUCGGACUAAUCCGAGAAUGGAGCUGCCUGCCGCCGGCGAGCACGUCUUUGCGGUGGAGGGCAUCGAGAAGAAGCGCCUCCGAAAGGGGAAGAUCGAGUACCUGGUCAAGUGGCGAGGAUGGUCCCCUAAAUACAACACGUGGGAACCGGAGGAAAACAUCCUUGACCCACGCCUGCUGGUCGCGUUUCAACACAGAGAGAGGCAGGAGCAGCUGAUGGGGUAUAAAAAACGAGGGCCAAAGCCAAAGCAUCUUCUGAUUCAGGUCCCCUCAUUCGCUCGGAGAUCCAGUAUUCCUGCAGGUCUCGAGGAAACAUCUCAGGAAGUGGAAAUCACUCCAAAGUCUGAUUCAACCCAGGUCCAGCGCUCCCAGCCCCAGCAAUACCAGCUCAACAGCAAAAAGCACCAUCAGUACCAGCCCAGCAGCCAGGAGGUUCCAGCCGAUCCGCUCCCCAACAGCAAGAAGAGGCUAAUCUACCAGCUGAACAGCAAAAAGCACCACCACUAUGAGCCUGACCCACACAUGUACGACAUUCAGGCUUCACGCCUCAAAGAGGUGGUCAAAGUCCAGGAGGCAGCUACCAAGCCAGCAAACCCAGGCUGGAACCUGCCUCUGGCUCUGCAGCAGAAAUGGGUUCGGGACAAAGACACUGGCUGCCUGAAUAAAGUCAAGGAGCUGGCUGUGGAAGUGAGGAAACCAGCUGUUAAGGAGAGCGAGAACGCGCUGAAGCCCAAUCCUAAGGAUGCGGCUUUGCCUACGGCGGUCAGCAGCAAAAUGAAGAUAAUCAAGAAUAAGAACAAAAACGGACGGAUUGUUAUCGUCAUGGGGAAGUACAUGGACAAGGUUCAUGGAGCGAAGGGGAAACACGGGGAGUCUUCAAAGGAAGGCGACUCCCAGAGCACCAAACCGCCUGAAAACGGGAGUAAAAUGGUGGAACUUUCUGGGAGUGGACUCUGCGAUAGCAGUUCCGUUUCUGCUGCAGAGCAUCUCAUGAAGUGUUCACCCAAGGACAGGCAUUUCUCCAAACCAUCACCAAGCACUGCUGAGGAAUACAACACAGAAGUGGCUCGCGGUCAAGCGGAUUUACCAGAAGACCUGCCUCUGCAGCUGACCGCCAGCUCCCCUCCAACGUCUUGGACCGUUGACACCAACAUUCCAACUCCUACGGCUGUGGACCAGAUCAGGAUCCCAUCCUUUCCCAGCCACCGCAAGCGGAAGCUCUCAGAUCCCGUUGAGGACAGGAAUGUUCCUAAAACCUUUCUAACGUCAAGGAGUUUAAGCAUGCCCAGCACUGUGGUCGCGCCCCCUCAGGACAAACCCAUGGACUUACACUGCAGCGGUCCACGCCCCAGCGUUUGUACAUACGAUGCGGCGGGCAACCAGGAGGAGCCAAUGGACCUGAGCUGUCCAAAAAACAGGUCCGCGCUUGACGCCAAAGCGCAGCCAGAGCCCGACUCUGAGGCGGCUGUCAAAGACACGCCUACUGUGACGGAAGAAACACAGAAAUCCACAGAGAAAUUGAAUGACCCGCCGAAAAACAUCUCCCCAUUCAUGGGAAACAUCAUCAUUACCGAUAUCACAACAAACAGUCUGACCGUCACCUUCAAAGAGUUUGUCUCUUUUUGAGAAACUUUCUAUCGUUUGGGAUUCCUGUUCAUAUGUUUAUAUGUAAAAAAAAAAAAAACUACUAAAAACAUUUGGAUUUUUGUACAUAAAGAAAUUUUUAAUUUAUCACUCAAAUUCCGUAUGUUUCUUAUAAUGUUUUUUACAGUAACUCCUCUGUGAUGUUGUAGCGAAGAAAGUGCCCUCGAGGAUUUGAGCGUUCACGUGGAAAAACUCCACAUAAAAAACUGUUUAUUCGUCAAACUUAAUUGCUGUUCUUUCCUGUACCAAACCUAUAACCUGGAUGUAUGAAGGAUUAUAUAUGUUUUUAAAAAAGAAAAGAUAAUAUAUCUUAUUUUGGUCUUAGAGGAUGUUCUGGGUGUAUAGCAAUCAGAGAUGAAACUGAAGCACUUAAUGCAUUUCCAUGUCUUCUGUGCCACAUGGUGAAGAAAGAAAGUCUUACUUCAGAGAUCUUUCUCAUUCCUUUUUAUUCUUGACAAACAGCUGCCUUUUGAGGGAAAUUUUUUUGUGGCUCCAGAAGUCCUGUCACGUGAAUCCCAGUGUAGACACACUAAAUCAUAUUUUCACUCCUUAUGAACUACCAGCAUUUCUUCUCCAGGCUGCAUAUUUUACAUUUAAGAUGUUUUAUGGCUACAAAUCAGAUGCUAACUAACAAAAUUGGAUUCAGAAGUGAGUUUGUGUUCAGAUGCUCCUUUUGAUUUGUUUACCUCCCAUGUUUUGGGUUUCAUCUCAUGUUAAAGCUAUAAUCUGAAGAAUGCAUGUGAGCACUGCUUUGUUUUUCAUGGAAGCUGCCGGGGUCAUUGAUGAGACUUUGUACGCAGUUACAUGCGAUCCAGUUAAAACCAAGAGGUUUCUUUGUAUGCUGCUGAAAUGUCAGAGAUGUUGGAUGUAACCCACAUUGAAGUCUGAAUGGCCUUCGGUGCACAAUAAAUGCAAAUCCAGCCAGAAUGCUAAAAUGCUUUAAAACAAGAAACAGGAAUGCAUAUUUAUUGACAUAUGUUCAAAAAAGCAGUUAGAAGGAGUUCGCUGCAUCAAGUUGCAGCUUCACCUUAUUGAUUUUCAGUCAAAUUGCUCCUCUUUUCUAUAUAUAUUUUUUUCUUUUUGCACUCUGAAAAGAUUGUCAUAAAAGUAUGUUCUAUCAGGAGUUUGCUGACCUUUCCGUUACGCUUCUCCGGUGAAAUAUUUCACAAUAAAGAGAGAGAUUUGACCUCAAA